GUAGCUUGUUCUGCAUAUAAGAGUUUUCGUCGUGCAUAAUAAGGAACCAUUUUCUGGUUUCAAACAAAAAACAGCAACACUUCCUUUUCUGUCACCGUUUGUUGUUUUACGCAUACAUAUACCUCUCUCACUUCGCAACUUUCUUCUAUUUUCCAUAUCCUUCGUUUGUUUCCACGUCCAUCAAUCAUAUUCCAUACUACGUUUCAUUCCAUAAACUUCUUUUUGGUCACCAAAAGUAUCUAUAAGCAUGUGUUCUACUGGUUAUACAUGUUGAAGACUUUUCUUCCUCUUUGGAGUUUUGGGUGCAGAAGAAAAUAUGAGUGUCACAGGUUCAUCUUCUGGGCACCCUCAAUUCAUUGCCAGCACCGGCAACAGAAGCUUGUCCAAUGCGCCGUUGAUUGAGAAUCCAGACUCUGAUCAAAUUGUUGUACCCGAUAGAACAAGCUGGAAAAACUUAUUUGCAUACGUGGGGCCUGGAUUUCUUGUUUCCAUUGCAUACAUCGACCCCGGAAACUUUGAAACGGAUCUUCAAUCAGGAGCACAAUAUAAAUAUGAGUUACUAUGGAUCAUAUUGGUGGCGUCAUGUGCUGCUCUUCUAAUUCAAACAAUGGCUGCUAAUCUUGGGGUUGUCACUGGAAUGCAUCUAGCUGAGCAUUGUAGAGCUGAAUAUUCUCGACUUCCCAACUUCAUUCUUUGGGUGAUUGCUGAAGUUGCAAUAGUGGCUUGUGACAUUCCCGAAGUAAUUGGGACAGCCUUUGCAUUGAACAUGCUCUUCAACAUACCUGUUUGGAUUGGUGUUCUUCUGACAGGACUCAGUACAUUGGUCCUCUUAGCAUUACAACAAUAUGGGGUUAGGAAACUUGAAUUCUUCAUUGCAUUUCUAGUAUUUACAAUUGCUGGUUGCUUUAUGGCUGAACUUGGAUAUGCAAAGCCUGUGGCCAAAGAAGUUGUGACGGGUCUAUUUGUUCCAAAACUUAAGGGGAGUGGUGCCACUGGUCUAGCAAUUUCACUCCUUGGAGCAAUGGUUAUGCCACACAAUCUCUUCCUCCACUCAGCUCUGGUGCUUUCCAGGAAAAUACCCCGAUCAGUUCGUGGAAUCAAAGAGGCUUGCAGAUUUUACAUGAUAGAAAGUGCCUUUGCUCUUACGGUGGCCUUCCUCAUAAAUAUUUCUGUUAUUUCUGUAAGUGGUGCAGUUUGCCAUUCUUCAAACUUAAGCGCUGAAGAUCAGAAAAGUUGUCAGGAUUUGGAUUUAAAUAAAGCCUCUUUUUUAUUAAGAAAUGUCUUGGGCAAAUGGAGUUCAAAACUAUUUGCAGUUGCUUUACUUGCCUCAGGUCAAAGUUCUACCAUAACAGGAACAUAUGCAGGCCAAUACGUCAUGCAGGGAUUUCUUGAUUUGCGACUGAAAUCAUGGAUUCGGAAUCUGCUAACCCGUUGCUUAGCCAUUGUUCCUAGUUUGAUUGUUGCACUCAUAGGUGGCUCUGCUGGAGCUGGAGAACUCAUCAUAAUUGCAUCGAUGAUCUUAUCAUUUGAACUUCCUUUUGCUCUGAUCCCACUCCUCAAGUUCACCAGCAGCAAAAUCAAGAUGGGAGAACAUGUCAACUCAAUCACGAUUUCAGCUGUUACUUGGAUCAUUGGUUCCCUCAUCAUGGGCAUAAACAUAUACUAUUUAAUGACUAGCUUUGUGAAGUUGCUUCUUCAUGCUCACUUAAGAAUUGUGGCUAAGGUAUUUCUGGGGAUAUUAGGAUUUUCUGGUGUGGCACUAUACAUUGGAGGCAUUGCAUAUUUAGUGUUUCGCAAAAAUAAAAAGACUACACAUGUUUUGACACUUAGUACAUUGGAAGAUCAGCAAAUGGCUAAUGCAGAAGGUGAUGUAUCAAUGUAUAGUCUCCCAAGAGAAGACAUAGUAAGCAUGCAAUUGCCUCAAAAAAGGACUCCUGCUGAAUUUGAUUAAGGUAAAUUAGCUAGAUGAAGUCCUAAAAAAGGUUCUAUCAGGAAUAGAAAAUAAGACCCAAAUUUUUGUUAAUUUUUAGAAAUUUAGUAUAUGUAAAAGAGAACAUUGCUUGCUACAAAUUAAGUACCAAGUAAUAUUGAAACAAUGCAACUAUGUGUUAUGUGUGGCUAACAUAACUCCAUAGAA